AUGUCGUCCGACAACACAUCAGUCUCCCGUCUGACUCAGCUUGCGGCAUCAAUCCUCAAUUCUGUUUCAAGGCUCGAGGCUACGCUGUCGAUGCAGGCGUGUCCAUUGCCUUCUUUUGACCAAGACGCGCCAACACUGUUGCCAAAAGAUGCAAUUGGCAUAAGAGACUCCAUUAUUGAUUGUGCUGCCGAAAUCCAAGACCUCCUUCUAGGUCCCUUCGACAUGCUGUACAUGCAUGGAUCAGUCAACAGUUCGGUAUCACUGCAGGCGAUAUCCCGAUUCAAGAUUGCUGAGCUGGUACCGUUGGGCGGCCGAACGACGUUCGCCAGUAUUGCCCAAGAGAUCGGCCUAGGCGAACGAACCGUGCGCAGGUUACUAAGGCAUGCAACAACCAUGCGAGUAUUUCAUGAGCCAGAACCGGGAGUCUUGGUUCACACGAAGGCGUCCAAACUACUGAGGGAUCCUGUGGCCAACGCCUGGCUGCUCUGUGGAACCGAGGAGAUGUGGACUGCGUCUGUAAAGAUGGUUGAAGCUUUAGAGAAGUGGCCCGAGUCACAAGAACCAAACCAUACGGGCUUCGCCCUUUCAAACAAUACUGGAGAGAGUAUUUAUGAAGUGCUGAAGCAAAACCCUCAACGAGCCGCUCGAUUCGGGAACAAUAUGAAGGCAUUUAUGGAGAUGCAGGAGUUCAACUCAACCCAUGUUGUCAACAACUAUGACUGGAAAUCUCUAGGCCAAGUCCGAAUUGUCGAUGUUGGAGGAGGACCAGGCCACAUCAGCCUAGAGUUGGCUAAACAUUUUCCCCAUCUCUCCUUUAUUGUACAAGAUUUGGAGAUUUUCACUCCCGACAUUCCAGAUGAAGUUGGGGACAGGAUCAAGUACAUGAAGCACGAUAUGUUUGCACCUCAAACUAUCCAUGCAGAGGUUUAUUUCUUUCGCUGGAUCUUGCACAACUGGUCCGAUAAAUAUUGUCAUCUAAUUCUCAAACGUCUUAUCCCGAUGUUGACGCCGGGAACCAAGAUUAUCAUUAAUGAGAUAUGUAUGCCGGAGCCGCGUACCAUUUCACACUGGAGAGAAAGGUAUUUAAGGUCAUUCGAUCUCUUAAUGGGCGCGGGCUUCGCUUCCCACGAAAGAAACCUAGAUGAAUGGAAAGCUCUGUUUACAGAGGCAGACCCAAGGUUCAAGUUCUCCAUGGUCAACGAAUCUAACGAGUCUGCGCUUGCAAUCAUGGAGUUCGUGUGGACAGACUUGACGGGGUAG